AUGCCCCCCAACACUGGGAGAGCGAAUGGCAACCUUGAUGAUGAUGAUUACGUUGCGCAAGUUCUCACAAACGAAGCGCGCGACAGUUCUCUGAAGUACUCUGCCCUGGGAAUGGGGGCCUAUAUGCCGAAGAGACCUACAGGUGCUGCUCCUAAACCGAAUACGCGAUUCCUGCGACACAUUAUAAAAGAAACAGACAAUCACAAUUCCGCAUUAAAGCGAAAGGAAGAGAGGGAAGCUAGAGAGCGAAUGCGGCAGCUACGGAACCAACCUGCCUCUUCAUCAAACGAUUCUAGAAAAGACUCCCAUAGCCGCCAACCGCGACCAGACGAUCGCAAGUCGCACAGGGACAGAAGGGAAGACCAGAUCGCUCCCAUCGACACCGGCGGAGGCGUGAUUCAUACGGCGAGGAUGAAGAUCGACACAGAUCUUCUCGAAGAAGUCGUCGGCAUCGGUCCUAUUCCAGGUCGCGCAGUCGAUCUCCGCGAGAGGAUCGAGAAACGAAAUCUCGCAGUCGCCAUCAUCGACAAAGGAGGCGCUCUAGGUCACCUUCAAGGUCUCGUUCUCGAUCAGUUGAAGUCAACGGUCGGCGCAGACACAUAG